GGUUUUUAGCACAAGUAUUCUUACUUAAAAAGAUUAGAGCUAUAUUUUUUCUUGAUCCACAAGAGACAAACAGUCCCGAGACGGAAACGGUUCUGCCUAACUUCAUUCAUUGUUAACGUGCUAAUGGAUGUAUUGUAGAAUCAAUCUAAUCCUCUAACGAUGAUAUUACAGCUCCUGACCUGGUCCAACUCCUUAUUGAAAAUGGAUGGCUGCACAGAGAGAGGGCGUGCCCCAAGUGCGGGGAACAUAUGAUAAGUAUGAAUGCUUCCAAAAUAAGUGACGGGGUCGCGUUCAGAUGCCGAAGGACCUCCUCCUCCACCAGGACGAGUGGAUCAAAGAAGAGACAGAAGAAAACCAGAUGCGAUGAGUUUGUAUCGGUAUGCAUUGAGGAAUGCAUUUGGAAAGGGGAGAGGACCGGUGGAGAGGGGAAAAUCGUGGUGUUGGACGAAAGUUCGGCCGCAGGAAGUACCACCGAGGCCACCACGUCGAGGGUCUAUGGGGUUUUGGCGGCGUGGAGCGAGGAACAGGAAGGUGUUUCCACGUUCCCGUCAAGGAGAGGAAUUCAGAGACGCUGUUCCGCCUCAUUCGAAUCUGGGUUUGUCCUGGGACAUUGAUCAUGACUGAUUGUUGGGCUGCAUAUGACAUCUCAAAAUCCCAGCCUUUCAAACACCUGACGGUGAACCACAAACUAGAGUUCGUCAAUCAGAGCACUGAUCCACCAACCCAUACGAACACUAUUGAAGGUAUGUGGCGGCACGCCAAGGACAGUGAAAACCCCAAGGAAGACACCGAGGAUGACAGCAGCUCCACUGAUCUGAUUCAACCAUUUCCAAAGUGGGAUUCAUCCAUGGAGGGCUGUUUAAAUGGAAUACCGUGGCCUGCCGCUUCACUUCUAUAA